AUGGAGAAGUCUGGCUCGAUGAUAGCCCCCGUGCCAAAUCACACAGUCCCAAAUCAGACUGCUUCCGCGUGGGAAUCAGACCCUACAGUUCUUGCCGACGUGGGCGUGGUCACGAGCUCGCAGUCCCAGAUCAAGGACCUCGUCGGCCUCUUCUGCAUGGUGACGCUUAACCUCAUCGCUUUGCUGGCCAACACUGGGGUAAUGGUGGCCAUCGCUCGUGCCCCCCACCUGAAGAGAUUUGCUUUUGUGUGUCACCUUUGUGCGGUGGACCUGCUAUGUGCCAUCCUCCUUAUGCCCCUGGGCAUCAUAUCUACGUCACCAUUUUUUGGUACUGUGGUUUUCACUGUCUUGGAGUGUCAGGUUUACAUUUUUCUCAAUGUGUUCUUGAUCUGUUUGUCCAUACUCACGAUCACAGCCAUCAGUGUGGAGCGUUACUUCUACAUCGUACACCCCAUGCGCUACGAGGUCAAGAUGACUAUAAACCUCGCCAUAGGUGUAAUGCUCUUCAUCUGGGUUAAGUCGGCGCUGCUGGCUUUAGUCACGCUGUUUGGAUGGCCGGCUUAUGGUAACCACAGCUCUAUUGCGGCCGCCCACUGCUCUCUACAUUGGAGCCACAGUCAUCUGAGAAGUCUGUUUGCUGUGCUCUUCAGUGUUGUAUGCUUCCUUGUCCCCGCAUUGGUCAUCUUUGCCGUCUACUGCGCCGUGUACAAGGUUGCGCGCUCAGCAGCCCUGCAGCAAGUCCCGGCUGUGCCAGCCUGGGCAAAUAUAAACCCCACCAAGAAUCGCUCCGACUCCAUCAACAGCCAGACCACAAUAAUAACCACCUCCCACAGUUUGCCGCAAAGACUGUCCCCUGAGAGGGCUUUCAGCGGAGGCAAAGCUGCCCUCACCUUGGUGCUCAUUGUGGGCCAGUUCUUGCUCUGCUGGCUCCCCUACUUCACCUUCCACUUGCAAAUGUCACUUAGUGCCUCCACGCAGAGCCCUGGGGACUUAGAGGAGGCGGUUACUUGGCUGGCUUACUCCUCUUUUGCAGUUAACCCAUUCUUCUAUGGCCUUUUGAACAGGCAGAUCAGGGAGGAGCUGGUGAAGUUCAGACGUUGCUGCUUGACGCAACCCGCGGAUCUCGGAGCAUCCAGCCACGAGGGUUCCCUCCAGGAGAACUUUCUCCAGUUCAUCCAGAGAACCAGCAGUGCUGCAGAAACCCGCUCCAGCUGUGCAAGCCCCAUUCCCAGAAACCCUGUGGACAAGGGCGUUAGGAUCCCUGGACAAAUACCUGAGGAGCAUGCAUAG